AUGAGAGAUAAAAUCUAUGAUGCAACUCCUCUUGGUUUAAUAAGGCCAAAUGAUUAUGUUGCUCCGCCAAAAAUUGAAUUUUACUCUAUGACAUAUCCAGAGUAUUAUCUUGGUUAUAUUGAAGUUAUUAAUAAGAGUUGUGAAUCAAAUUUAAUUUAUGAAGAAAUAGAAAACAAUACAAAAGCACAAUGUGAUAAUCAACAGAUGCUUAUUAAUGAAGGUCAUAGAAAGAAAGGAUCGCUAUAUAACAUCGAAAUCGGAUUGAUUGUUAUGGGUCUUUUGUUUAUUGGAACUGUUAUCUGUCUUCUUUACACUAUUUAUGCAUAUAUGAAGCGAAAUGAUAAAGAAGAUUCUGAAACAGUUCAUGAGAUGGAAGUUGAAGAAGUCAAAACAGCUAACUCUAAUGAAAUUGAAGGUGUCACAUAUGACAACCCAUUAUUUACACGUGGCAACUGGAAUGAUGAUCCAUUCAAAGACGAUUUUGAAGAGAAUGACAAUAACGAAAAAGUAAAUUACUUUUUGGGCAAAGAUCUUGAAGAAGCAUCUGAUGGAAAAACUAAUUGA